UCCCUCUUCUCAUUUAUUGGAAUGACAUGUUCCUGAACUGAGGCUGCUGUGAUGAGAUCUGCUGUUCUAGGAUCAGUUGUGGUUCUUGUCUUGCUGCUCCGGCGGCUUGCAUGCCUGGGUGAUGAGGUUACCUCCAGCACAGUGAACCCAUGCUGCUAUUUACCCUGUCAGCACUGGGGCGUGUGCGUGAGGUAUGGCGAAGACAAGUAUGAGUGCGACUGCACUCGUACCGGCUACUAUGGAGAGAACUGCACCGUCCCCGAGUUCUGGACCAGAGUGCGUCUGUUCUUGAAACCGAGCCCAGAUGCAGUGCAUUACCUUCUCACCCACUUCCCCUGGCUCUGGGACAUCAUUAACUACACCUUCCUGCGGGACAUUCUCAUGCGGCUGGUUCUGACAGUAAGGUCCAACUUAAUACCCAGCCCUCCGACCUUCAACUCCAAAUACGGCUACCUCAACUGGGAAUCCUACUCUAAUCUGAGCUACUACACUCGGCUUCUGCCUCCUGUGCCCGAGGACUGCCCGACACCUCUGGGGGUCAAGGGCAAGGCUGGGCUGCCUGACCCUGAGCUGCUGGUUGACAGGCUGCUGAAGAGAAGGACGUUUAGACCUGACCCCCAGGGCACCAACCUCAUGUUCGCCUUCUUCGCACAACACUUCACCCACCAGUUCUUUAAGACCUACAAUCGCAUGGGUGUGGGCUUCACUAAGGCUCUGUCGCAUGGGGUGGAUGCAGGGCACAUUUAUGGAGACAACCUGCGACGUCAGCUCCUGCUCAGGCUUCACAAAGAUGGGAAACUCAAGUAUCAGUUAAUAAACGGUGAGAUGUACCCUCCCACGGUAGCUGAUGCACCUGUGAGGAUGAGCUACCCCCCCGGGAUCCCCCCUGAGGAUCAGAUGGCGAUUGGACAGGAAGUGUUUGGACUCCUACCCGGUUUGGGAAUGUACGCGACGCUGUGGCUGAGGGAGCAUAACAGAGUGUGUGACAUCCUGAAGGCGGAGCAUCCCACCUGGGAUGACGAGCAGCUCUUCCAGACCACGCGCCUCAUCAUUAUCGGGGAGACAAUAAAGAUAGUGAUAGAGGAGUACGUGCAGCACCUCAGCGGCUACCGGCUGCAGCUGAAGUUCGAUCCCAGCCUGCUUUUCAACUCCAACUUCCAGUACAGCAACCGGAUCGCUCUGGAGUUCAGCCAGCUCUACCACUGGCACCCCAUGAUGCCCGACAGCUUCUUCAUCAACGGAGAUGAACUGUCCUAUAAACAGUUCAUCUUCAACACCUCUGUUAUCACACGCUACGGCAUCGAUAAGCUGGUGGACGCCUUCUCUCAGCAAGCUGCGGGCCAGAUCGGUGGGGGGCACAACAUCAAUGCCGUGGUGACCCAUGUGGCCGUGUCGACCAUAAAGGAGUCCCGAAAACUCCGUGUGCAGCCUUUCAACGAGUACAGGAAGCGUUUUAACCUGCAGCCUUACGCAUCAUUCAGCGAGUUCACUGAUAACGAGGAGAUAGCCCGGGAGCUUGAAGAGUUGUACGGUGACAUUGAUGCUCUUGAAUUUUAUCCUGGUUUGAUGUUGGAAAAGACAAGACCUGGCGCCAUAUUUGGGGAGAGCAUGGUCGAGAUGGGUGCCCCCUUCUCCCUCAAAGGCCUCCUAGGAAACCCCAUCUGUUCUCCUAUGUACUGGAAGCCCAGCACCUUCGGAGGCAAAGUCGGAUUCGACAUAGUGAACUCCGCCACAUUAAAGAAACUGGUGUGUUUAAACGUAAAGACAUGUCCUUAUGUGGCAUUUAAUGUACCAACUAAGGAGCAAUCACAAAGAGGAAAUGAUGAUAGUAAAGUAAGGACAGAUGAGCUAGCCGUUGUCAUGACGACCCUGGAUGACAAGAUCCUGGGAGAGAAGCUGCAGUACUACUACAGCAGCAGCGAGGACGAAGGCAGCGACAACGAGGAUGAGGAUGGAGAGAGAAAGACCAUCCGGGAUGGCAACGUCGAGGAGCCGGAGAUAGACUACAGCGCAGAUGGGAGCGCUGUCAACACAGGACCAAAGGGUGUCAUCAAUGACUGGAGGAAGUACAAGCAGCUGGAGGUGGAGCAGAAACAAGAGCAGAAGAAAGAGAUGGAAAGACUAAUCAAGAAGCUGUCGAUGACCUGCCGCUCCGACCUCGACCAGGAGAAAGACAAAGAGAAACAGAAGGAGCUGCAGGACAAAAUAAAAGGCAAAAUGACCAUGCAAGAGUACAACAUGCUCCAGGAACAGGAGGAUGAUGAAGACUUCCUCCAGCACUACCGCAUGCAGCGCAUUGAAGAGAUGCGGCGCCAGCUCUGCCGUGGCAAACGCUUCGCGCAGGUCUAUGAGCUCAGCAGCGGAGAGGACUUCCUGGAGGCUUUGGACAAGGAGGACAAAAGCACUCUGGUCAUGAUCCACAUCUACGAGCCGGAGGUCCCGGGCUGCGAGGCCAUGAGCGGCAGCCUCAUGUGUCUGGCGCAGGAAUACCCGCUGGUCAAGUUCUGCAGUGUACGCAGCUCGGCCAUCAGCACCAGCGCACUGUUCAGAGGCAGUGCUCUGCCCGCUCUGCUCGUUUACAAAGGAGGGGACCUGAUCGGGAACUUCGUUCGGCUCACAGACCAGCUCGGGGAAGACUUCUUCGCUGUAGACCUGGAGGCUCUGCUGCAGGAGUACGGCCUGCUGCCUGAUAAGUCCCCCUGCGUCCCGAAGACGGUUCGCAAUGGAGCCAUCAUACAGACCAACGUGAGCGAUGAGGACUCUGACCUAGAUAUAGACUAGAGCCUUGAUAUAUCACACGCAUUUAUGCUUGGAGAAACAUGCGUACACAGUCUGCAUGGACUAUAGAUCAUUUUUAUGUACGUGGACCCCUGUAGUGAUGACGGACUGAGCCAGGAUUGCUUUGUUUCUACUCACACAUCAACAUCCAACCAGCAUUGAAGCUGAAAGUAAAUGCACACAGAACAUCAGUGCUUUUCAUCAUAACAUCAUUCCAUGGUUAACAUGACUUAUAUUUCAUACGAGUACAUUGAAUCCUUUAUAGAUAUAGAGAACACGUGGUUGAGAAUGAUUUAGAUGUUAGGUUAAAUGUUUUGUUUGAACCAGCUUUUUUUGGUCACCUAUUUAUUCAUUAUGUUGAAAAAACAUUUCUCUGUUUUGUUUCAUGCACAUCUUUGUUGUACUAAAUGUGUUUCACUCUGUAGAUUACAAAACCUCUCAGCCCAAACUGACUUUGAGUUAAUUUUAUAACUUUUAUAUGUGCUGUACCAUUUCAAAUAGUGGGAAUAAUAAACACGUUUGGACUCGC